CAAGGGGAAGGCAGAGGACAGAGAUGAAUGUGUUCCCAAGCUUCCCUGCUGGUUUAUGGCAUUCUCCAAACUCCUCUGCAAGGGCUGCUCCUGACCAAGAAGACCCAAGGAGACCAUCUCUGAAAUCAAGUCCGGAUGAAGAACUAAGAGGGAAAAAAUGAACAUGGUUUUUGCUCACAGAAUGGAUAACAGCAAGCUGCCUUUGGUUAUUCCUACACUUCUGGUGCCCCUCCAAAACCACAGCGGCACGGAAACGGUCACCCCUCUGCUGAGCCAUGACCUGACGGAACUUCCCGAGGAGCACGGCUGGAUGAGCAACAGAACAGGCCUGCAGUAUGGACCGAAACUCGGGGAAGUGGCCACAGCCAGCAUUUUCUUUGGAGCCUUGUGGUUGUUUUCUGUCUUUGGCAAUUCCCUGGUUUGUUUGGUCAUCCAUCGGAGUAGGAGGACUCAGUCCACCACCAACUACUUUGUGGUCUCCCUGGCGUGUGCCGACCUCCUCGUCAGCGUGGCCAGCACGCCUUUUGUGCUGCUUCAGUUCACCACCGGCCGGUGGACGCUCGGCAGCGCCCUGUGCAAGGCUGUGCGGUAUUUUCAGUAUCUCACCCCGGGCGUCCAGAUCUAUGUCCUCCUCUCCAUCUGCAUAGACCGGUUCUACACCAUCGUCUAUCCUCUGAGCUUCAAGGUGUCCAGAGAAAAAGCCAAGAAGAUGAUUGCAGCAUCAUGGAUCUUUGAUGCGGCUUUUGUGACCCCCGUGUUCUUCUUCUACGGCUCCGACUGGGACAAUCACUGUAACUACUUCCUCCCUUCCUCUUGGGAGGGAACUGCCUACACUGUCAUCCACUUCUUGGCAAGCUUUGUGAUUCCCUCUGUCCUCAUAAUCUUAUUUUACCAGAAGGUCAUAAAAUACAUUUGGAGAAUAGGCACUGAUGGCCGAACAGUGAGGAGGACAAUGAACAUUGUCCCAAGGACAAAAGUGAAAACUAUCAAGAUGUUCCUCAUUUUAAAUCUAUUGUUUUUGCUCUCCUGGCUGCCUUUUCACGUAGCUCAGCUGUGGCACCCCCAUGAACAGGACCAGAAGAAAAGUUCCCUUGUUUUCACAGCUAUCACAUGGAUAUCCUUUAGUUCCUCAGCCUCUAAGCCUGCUCUCUACUCAAUUUAUAAUGCCAACUUUAGGAGAGGAAUGAAAGAGACUUUUUGCAUGUCCUCGAUGAAAUGUUACCGAAGCAAUGCCUAUACUAUCACAACCAGUUCAAGGAUGGCCAAAAAAAACUAUGUUGGCAUCUCAGAAAUCCCUCCCAUGGCCAAAACUAUAACCAAAGACUCCAUCUAUGAUUCAUUUGACAGAGAAGCCAAGGAAAAAAAGCUUGCUUGGCCCAUUAAUUCGAAUCCACCAAAUACUUUUGUUUAAUUUCUCAAAAUUCUUUCAAUCCUUGUUACGCACCAGAGAUUAAAAAAUUUAACUAUAAAAACAGAAGCUAUUUAUAUAUUUUUUCAAUCAACUUUCUGAGGGAAAUGUUUUAUUUUGUAAAAAAAUCACUGACUAUUGAUUUUAGUUUCUGUGUUUUUUUAUUUUAGUUGCUUUUUGUUUUAGGGAAAGCUUUCACCUUGAGCUUAUAGUCAACAGUCCUUUUACUAUAUUAGUUAUGCGCAUU